AUGGAGCUGCUGACUGGGUAUGGCCUGGGGUCUGUGGCCAUAUUCACAGUCCUCUUCAUAUUACUGGUGGAUCUGAUGCACCGGCGCCAGCAGCUGGACUUCUCGCUACCCACCAGGCCCUGUGCCCUUGCCUGUGCUGGGCAACCUGCUGCAGUUGGACUUCAACGACAUGCAAACAGCAUGUACAAGCUUCAACAACGCUAUGGUGACGUGUUCAGCCUGCAGAUGGCCUGGAAGCCCGUGGUCGUGAUCAAUGGACUGAAGGCAGUUCGGGAAGUGCUGGUGAACUGUGGAGAGUUCACUGCAGACCGCCCCCCAAUGCCCUUCUUUCAACACUUGAGCGCUGGUCCAAAAGCUAAAGGAGUGAUCCUUGCACCUUACGGACCCGAGUGGCGAGAGCAGCGAAAAUUCUCUGUGUCUACCAUGCGCAACUUUGGCCUGGGCAAGAAAUCCCUGGAGCAGUGGGUGACUGAUGAGGCUGGCCACCUCCGUGAUGCCUUUGCCGACCAGGCUGGUGGGUGAUGGGUGAGGGGUGCAGAUGGGCACAGAAGAUAUGAAA